GAAGAAGUUUUUCUCAACGCUGGUGUUAGAGGAAGAGGAAGAGACGUCUUCCAAGCAGAAGCCAGAUCCUGAACAGACUCCUGAACAGGUUCAACCACCAAGUUCAAGGGAGAUUCCAGCAGUGAAGUUCACACUUGAAGGAUUGCUUGCCUUCAAGGAUACAGCUCAGGCGAUUGAGGUUGGCAAGGCUGCAAAAGAUGUCAGAGAGAGAGUGAGGAAGCGUCCAAACUACAACAGCUCCAAGAGAAGGCUCCUUGCAAAGAUGACGGACCGAAUUCCGUAA